AUGUCGUCAGUUGACAUACCGUCAACCAUAAUAACUGUCACUAGCUUAAUCAGGGAAGAUGACGGGGAUAGGGCCAAUGACGACGACGAGGACAACAACAGCCGCAACAACUUCACCCCGAAGAAAAACAACAACAACAAUAAUAAUAAUCACAGCAACAGUGGCACUAAAAGUAAACUUAGAAUAAAAAUCGAAACUCCUACGAGCUAUAAUUGUUUCGAUACUGAAUGUUCAAACCAGAAAUACUUCUACACAGUCAUCAACACCGUUGAUAACAGCUUGUCAAACAACAACACCAGUAACAUUAGCAACUACAACGACUUCAAAGACAUCAACAACAACAAAGACAUCAACAACAACAUCAAAGACAUCAACAACAACACCUACAAUAUCAACAAAUUUGCAUGCACUGAAUAUGACUCAAAUGAUCAUACCUCUAUCAUCAUCAAUGACGUCAUCUAUAACAUCAGUAGUGCCAGCAACAAAAUUAAUGCCAUUGUCAUCAACAUCAACAGUUGCAGCAACAUCAACAGUUACGGCAACACCAACAACAUUAUUAACAUCAACAACAAAAACAUCAACAACAAUAUCAUCAACUUCCAAAGCACCAAUUGCUGGCUCUUCAUUGAAACUUCCUAA